GCGCCUAAGGUGUCUACUUGUGCGCCUGCGCUGUGACCUAGAAUGGGCGCAAGCGCUGAGCGGAACUGGCUGGUUUGAAAACCAUGGCGUGGGUACCAGCGGAGUCCGCAGUGGAAGAGUUGAUGCCUCGGCUAUUGCCGGUAGAGCCCUGCGACUUGACGGAAGGUUUCGAUCCCUCGGUACCCCCGAGGACGCCUCAGGAAUACCUGAGGCGGGUCCAGAUCGAAGCAGCUCAAUGUCCAGAUGUUGUGGUAGCUCAAAUUGACCCAAAGAAGUUGAAAAGGAAGCAAAGUGUGAAUAUUUCUCUUUCAGGAUGCCAACCCGCCCCUGAAGGUUAUUCCCCAACACUUCAAUGGCAACAGCAACAAGUGGCACAGUUUUCAACUGUUCGACAGAAUGUGAACAAACAUAGAAGUCACUGGAAAUCACAACAGUUGGAUAGUAAUGUGACUAUGCCAAAAUCUGAAGAUGAAGAAGGCUGGAAGAAAUUUUGUCUGGGUGAAAAGUUAUGUGCUGACGGGGCUGUUGGACCAGCCACAAAUGAAAGUCCUGGAAUAGAUUAUGUACAAAUUGGUUUUCCCCCCUUGCUUAGUAUUGUUAGCAGAAUGAAUCAGGCAACAGUAACUAGUGUCUUGGAAUAUCUGAGUAAUUGGUUUGGAGAAAGAGACUUUACUCCGGAAUUGGGAAGAUGGCUUUAUGCUUUAUUGGCUUGUCUUGAAAAACCUUUAUUACCUGAGGCUCAUUCACUGAUUCGGCAGCUUGCAAGAAGGUGCUCCGAAGUGAGGCUCUUAGUGGAUAGCAAAGAUGAUGAGAGGGUUCCUGCUUUGAAUUUAUUAAUCUGCUUGGUUAGCAGGUAUUUUGACCAACGUGAUUUAGCUGAUGAGCCAUCUUGAUGUAGCUGAUCUCUCAGGGAUAGAAGAUAUUUCUCAUGAAGGCAGCCUAACUCUGAGGAAAGCAGUGCCAAUUCAAGUACAGAUUGCAACACAUCUUCAACACUCUGUGAAGGGUUCACAUCUUAACCUAUGCAAUUCAGAUUGAUACUCAGAAUAUAGGUUGUAUUGAUUUGAAUAUCUGAAAUAUCAAUGGAAAAUCCCACUCAAUUUUUGAUAAACAGUUUGAACAGUUUUCUGUAAUCAAGCAGCUUGCAUAGAAAUUGUAUGAUGAAAUUUUACAUAGGUUCUUGGUGCUGUUUUGUUCUUUUUUUGUUUUUUGUUGUUAUUUCUUUAUAUACAUAGAAAAUUUUAUUGAAAAUAUGUUUUGGUUGCUAAAAUUUUAUUUGAGUCCUAACAAAAGACAAUGGAUGGCCUUAGCAUCAGAAUUAAAAUAAUCUGCAUUAAAUGGCAAAUGUGUUCAUAAUCAGCAAUAAAAUUAAUCAAACAGUA